AUUAUCACACUUACAUUAGGAUUUUAAAAAAGAAACAAUUAAACCCACAUAUUAUGGCUUAAAAAGUUUAUCACAAUACCAUAUGAAAUGGCUAAUCAAUUGCCAAAGGUGAAAAAGGAAGUUUCCCACCUAGCUACAACUCAUUGCCAAAGCUCAAAGAGGCUUCAUACAGUCAUACGCUGCAAAAAAUGUCAUUUAUAACGCUUGUCAGGUGUUGAAAGGCGGCUGGACUUUUCCCCCUUUCUCUGUAUAUGUAAAUAGAAGUGCAAAGAGACAUAUAUCUAAUAUCUUCUGUUGUGGGGUUUAUUUCAGCUUCCCACCAAAUUGUUCAGUUCUUGAGAAAAAAGCAGGCACACAUUAUUAACAGAUAAAGUGAUCAUUCAUACAUCUUCGUCUGGAUUGAAGAUGGGAAAGUUGACUAUGUUGUCCCUCAUUUUUAUCCUAUAUGUUUUCAUUGCCUUCAACUGCAUUUCUUUAGAAGCCUUCAAGCUUGGACCAGAAAGACAAUUGAUUGAAGUAAGAAAUUCAUCACAAUCUGAUGACACAGUUAGAGUUGAUCCUUUGGACAGGUUGAAGAAAUACAGAGGAGGCUAUGAUAUUAGAAACAAACACUACUGGAGUUCAACUGUGUUUACAGGUAAAUAUGGCUAUGCCAUUGCAGUUGUGUGGCUCUUGUGUGGCUUCUUGUAUGGACUCUUCCUUCUUGUAACCACAUUUUGUUGCAAAAGAAGUAGAAUGAAGCUGAGGAAGAGAGUCCCCUGUCAGAAGCAGUAUUAUCUUUGGCCUUUUACUUCUGCAAUCUUCAUCACAAUCCUAGCAGUGAUAGCGUCAGGUCUAGUUCUGGGAGGGAACACGAGGUUUCAUCGGAGAGCGGAUAGGGUUGUGGACAUUAUUAUUGACACGGCAGAUGGAGCAUCAGACACCAUAUACAACACUACUCGGGCCAUGAAAGAAAUGAGUGCAGCUACUAGCGGAGGGGGAGGAGCCGCCGCUGAGGCUACUCGCUUCCUGACUUCGACCUCCAAGAGCCUCGACAUUCGAGCUGCUGAUAUAGAAAGACAGGCCAGGAAACACCGUGAGGCCAUAGAGAUGGGCCUCAGGAUUGUAUACAUAAUCAAUACUGUCAUUGUUUCCCUUAAUUUGGUUGCACUCAUUGCCCUCUCAGUGUGUGGAAUCCUUAAAUUCAGGAGGGCUCUAUAUUGGCUAAUUGUUCUUUGUUGGAUACUUACAAUACUUUGCUGGUUAUUCUUUGGUAUUUACUUCUUCAUUAACAAAUUUGCAGGUGACACAUGCGCAGCUUUUGAGAGUUUCCAACAAGAUCCCUACAAUAAUAGUCUCAGCUUAAUUCUUCCUUGCGACGAAUUAGUUUCAGCAAGAUCUGUCCUAGACGUUGUUAGCAGUGGCAUUUAUAGACUUGUCAACCAGGUGAACAAAAAUAUAACCAAAUCGUAUGGAAAUUUUGCACAACUCUGCCAGCCAUUUUCAGGACCACCGGAGUAUGCAUACCGGCCAAAUAACUGCCCGUCUAAUGCAAUUAGGAUCGGAGCCAUACCUCAGUUAUUGAGCAUGUUGACUUGUACUGAUCCUGACUGCAUCGGAGGAAUUUUGAUAUCUGUGAGUGACUUUAACGCAAUAAAAGCUUACACAAUAUCAAUUCAGAACAUACUGAAUGUUUACCCAGGAAUGGAGAGGUUGGUCGAAUGUGAAACAGUGAAAGAUGCAUUUUCUGACA